ACACGCGGUAUAAGUGGGUCGAUCGAUGACGAUGACGACGUGUAUGCGUGUGUGUGUGUGUGUAAGCCUGGUGUCAGCAGCAUCUGGAAUGAAUUCCAAGGUGCGGGUUAAUUGUUCCCCUUCUUCUUCUUCUCCUUCUGUUUUUGCUCGAAACUUCAAUAAAAGUUAAAAGUAGCUCUACACAUGCAUAAACGCGACCGGCCGUUAAAACGGUCUAUUUACAGUGCGCGAGAGCAUUGCACACGACGUUCUCGGAAUUUGAUCGAGCGGAAAGAAAUCGGUUAAUUGUUUAGCUCUCGGAAUGCAUCGUGCUUGCGUAAACAGCCAAACAAUAUCGGGAUCGUCAGCGCUGACUUGGCACUAAAAGGCUGCACGGCUCCUCCGAGACUUUCUCGCUCGGUCAGGAGUGUAAUAUCCGUAUCAGACUCGUCGCACGAUGUUCGGCCGUCUAGUAACUCUCCUCGCUGUCGCGUCUCUCUUCCGAGUCGAUGCUGUGCCGUCGGAUUCCAGCGCCGAGAUACCUUCCUUUCUGAAGAUAUGCCGACGCAGCGAUCCGCACCUGAACGAGUGCAUCAAGCGUAGCGUCGACUCGUUGAGGCCGUAUCUGAGGACUGGCAUCCCGGCCCUUCACAUUCCGCCCUGCGAGCCACUCGGCGUGCCGGAAAUCGAGCUCAGCCAAGCGGCUGGACCCGUUUCCAUCAGCUCCGCCUACACCAACAUCAAGGUCUGGGGUGGCACCGAUUUCAUUCUCAAGAGCGUCAAACUCGACCUCGACAAGGACCGAAUCCGCCUGAAGCUCUACAUCCCCCACCUGGAGAUGUUGUCUAACUACAACAUGGAGGGAAAGAUCCUGAUGCUGCCGAUCACCGGCAAAGGUCUCGCCUCCGGUAACUACACGGACAUAGACGUCGUGGUGACGAUCCAGGGCGAGAAGUACCAGAACCAACGCACCGACAAGACCCACUUCCGGGUCAACGAGUUCUACUGCGACUUCGACGUCGGCCACGCGAGUAUCCACCUGGACAAUCUCUUCAACGGCGACGAGACACUCGCCGACGCUAUGAAUCUGUUCCUCAACGACAACUGGAAACUCGUCGCUGCCGAGAUGAAACCUGCUCUCGAGGACACCGUGUCUAGGCUAUUCAAGAGCUUCUCCAACAAGAUUUACGCCAAGUAUCCCGUCGAUACGCUCCUGCCUCCUUAGGAUUUAGUGUUUAUGUUCAUUGUUGCACAGUUUUUCUUUCUACAUUAUUACAAACGUUUAAUAGCAUUUUCCCAACAAUUUUGUACUUUUGCUACGCUUUAUAAAAAAAGAAAAGUACACCAA